AUGUCGAUAUUCCUGGUGCACGCUCCAGCAUGUGCUCCCGAUGCUGGAUUCGUCGACCUACCUCGACCUGAGAGUCCCCAGGUGGCCGAUCCCUACGAGGUCGAAAGCUUGAUUCAUUGUCAAGAGCCGGAGGAGUGCGUCCGCUGCGCUCGCAAGAAGAGGAGGACCUUUGACGCCUAUCCCGCACAGCCAAACCCUGAGAUCCUAACUCGCCGGUUCCCUGACAAGAAGGGCUGCAAGCGCCUACUUGCUCUCAUUCUACAUUUCUCUUGUUGUGCGCGAUCUCGGAGAAGAUAUCAACUAAUCACUCGUUAUCGGUACCACAAACAGAAGAAACCAUAUUCCGCCAUCUCGGUCCACGUCGAACAAUUGACCUCGGAAACCUAUGAAGAAGACGAUGUUGCUGGCAUCCCUGAUCUUCUCGAGGUCGUCAAGUUGCAAGCCACUGGUGCUCAGGAAGUUGCUCGAGCUCUGCGGAAGAAGUUGAAAUAUGGCAACGUGCACCGGCAACUCCGGGCCCUUACCAUUCUCGACGGUCUCCUACAAAACGGUGGGACAAGACUACAACGCGCGUUAUUGUCCGAUGGUCCUCUAUUGGAACGACUUCGAAUAGCCGCAGCCGACCCUACCUCGGACCAGGAUGUCCGCUCAAAAUGCAAAGACCUCUUCGGGCAGUGGGUUGCAAGCUCAAAAGAAAGUCCAGGCUUGGAAGGGGCCAAGUCCCUCUACAACACAUUGCCCCGAACUCAUCAGCCGGUGCAGCAACGACGGGAGCAAAGCAGAGUGCUCCGGGAGACAGAAGAAGACGUUGCCAGAGAGCAAGAGAUGGAGAUUGCAAGAACGAGGUCCGAUAGCUACCCAAGAUCCGGCGAGUCAUCCAACCCCGCAACUCUACGAAAGCAACCUUCUCCCGUUGCUCUCGGGGAAUCAUCCACAUUUGCCCCCAAAAAGGUGAAGAAGGACAAGAAAAGCAAACAAGCCAAGGGAGGAUUCAACCUGGAGAAGGAAAAACCCAAUAUCUUACAAUCGAUCGCUGCAUCUUCAGUUGCUUCCACUGGUUUGGCCAAUGCCUUGAGGCUGGUCAACCGCGAGUCUCAGCGCGUGUCAGACAAUCCCGAAGUUAUGAAACGCUUCGAAACCUGCAAACAGCUUCGACGUCAGAUUCUGCGAUACAUCCAAUUCGUCGAGUCCGAGGAGUUCUUGGGAGGUUUGAUCCACGCCAACGAAGAGCUGGUCAAUGCUCUGAUGGCGUUCGAAGUUCUCGACAAGUCGGUCGAUGAUGAUUCGGACAGUGAGCUCGAAGAAGCACAGCAUCUCAGUCGACAAGCAGCUAAAAGUGAGGCGUCAGCUGCGAGAGACGCAGAGAAGUUGGUCGCUGGGCUCAGCAUUUCUGCUCCACCCAAACCUCCCCGGCCGACCCCCCGCAAUAUUGCGAUGCCACCGCCACGGCCAUCGUCGAAUUCCAAGAAUUGGAGGACCAAGCAAGUCGAAAGUGACAGCGAGAGCGAGACAGAUGUCGAGGACGAUUCAGAUGACCCUUUUGCUGAUAAAAACGCUAUGAAAACUCCCGACCCCGACUCUCUCGGGAGAAAAGGGUACACGUGGAAGGAAGUGUAG